CUCAUUGGAGAAGGCAAUGGAGAAAUACCAGAAGAUGAAGGUGGUGGGAAGGGGAGCUUUUGGUAUUGUCCAUCUGUGUUUGCGGAAGGCUGACCAAAAACUGGUGAUCCUUAAACAAAUUCCCGUCGAACAGAUGACUAAAGAUGAGAGACUGGCUGCUCAGAAUGAAUGCCAAGUGCUGAAACUCCUCAACCAUCCAAACAUAAUUGAAUACUAUGAAAACUUCCUGGAGGACAAGGCACUAAUGAUAGCCAUGGAAUACGCGCCAGGAGGUACUUUGGCUGACUAUAUCCAGAAACGCAACUCCCUGUUAGAUGAAGAGACCAUCUUGCACUUCUUUGUACAGAUCCUUUUGGCCCUCCAUCACGUGCAUAACAAGCUUAUUUUGCACCGUGAUCUGAAAACACAGAAUAUCCUACUUGAUAAGUAUCAAAUGAUAGUGAAGAUCGGUGAUUUUGGUAUCUCGAAGAUUCUAAGCAGCAAAAGUAAAGCCUACACAGUGGUGGGAACUCCAUGUUACAUCUCUCCGGAACUGUGUGAAGGAAAACCAUAUAACCAGAAGAGUGAUAUCUGGGCACUGGGCUGUGUACUAUAUGAGCUGGCCAGUUUGAAGAGAGCCUUUGAAGCUGCUAAUCUGCCAGCUUUGGUGCUGAAGAUCAUGAGUGGUACAUUUGCCCCCAUAUCUGACCAGUACAGUCCCGAGCUGCGCCAGCUGAUCCUGAACAUGUUGAGCCUUGACCCAUCCAAACGCCCACAGCUCAGUGAGAUAAUGGCUCAGCCAAUUUGCAUCCGGGCUCUUCUGAAUCUCUACACUGACAUUGGCAGUGUCAAAAUGAGGAGAAUUGAAAAACCAUUAUCGACAGUUGCACCUGCUUCACACAGGCGGACUGGUGGAAGGGUAAACAGUGCUAGGUCAAGAGGUGGAUUCCUUACAAACUCCAGUAAGUCAGGGAUACCUCUUCCCCUUUCCACUGUGUAUACUUGGGGGAGCGGAAUAAUUUCUCCUCUCAGGCUGCCAAUGCUCAACACUGAGGUAGUGCAGGUCUCUGCUGGGAGAACUCAAAAGGCAGGAGUGACCAGAUCAGGACGACUUAUCAUGUGGGAGGCUUCUCCUGUAGGUACUGGAGAUAUAUCUCUCCCUGGUUCCUUAGAGCAGACCCAGCCCCAGUUUAUCUCUAGGUUUCUAGAAGGUCAGUCUGGAGUGGCAAUCAAGCAUGUCUCUUGUGGAGACCUUUUUACAGCAUGUCUUACAGAUAGAGGGAUAAUAAUGUCAUUUGGAAAUGGUAGCAGCGGUUGUUUAGGUCAUGGCACUUUCAAUGAUGUCACACAGCCCAAAAUUGUUGAGGCACUGCUCGGAUAUGAGAUUGCCCAGGUUUCAUGUGGGGCAUCACAUGUUUUGGCAGCAACCAAUGACCGUGAAGUGUUCUCUUGGGGAAGAGGAGACAAUGGUCGGCUUGGCUUGGAAUCUCAGGAGUCACACAAUUCUCCUCAGCAAGUGUGUGUACCUGCAGAACAUGAAGCCCAGAAAAUUUUAUGUGGAAUUGACUGUUCAAUGAUUCUCACAACACAAAAUCACAUUUUGGCUUGUGGGAGUAACAGAUUUAACAAACUUGGUUUGGAUAAAUUAACUGCAGCUGAGGAUUCUCAUGCCUCUAAUCAAGUUGAAGAAGUUCAUGUUUUCACUCCUGUGCAAUCAUUCCCCCUUAAUGAAGGGAAUAUUGUGCAUGUGGAUGUAGGAACAGCACACUCUGCAGCAAUUACAGAAACUGGAGAAUGUUACACAUUUGGCAGUAAUCAACAUGGACAAUUAGGCACCAACACACGUCACAAUAAUCGAUUGCCGUACUUGGUUUCUAAUCUAUGCGGAGUAAAGGUUACCAUGGUUGCUUGUGGUGAUGCUUUCACAGUCGCGAUUGGAGCAGAAGGAGAAAUUUAUACCUGGGGAAAAGGUGCCAGAGGAAGACUGGGAAGGAAAGAAGAAGACACUGGAAUACCUAAACAAGUACACCUGGAUGAAAGUAAUCCCUAUUUUGUUACCUCCGUUGCAUGUUGUCAUGGAAACACGUUGCUGGCAGUAAAACCUUUGGGUGAUGAAGCCAUUCCAAGAUGACCUGAAGUAAUCAGCUGUAGCUGUUCUGUUUUCUUUGGAUCAGAAAGUGGCUGAACAUAAGACAACGCAGAAGAAAAGGCGACUAAUGCAAAACCUGCAGGCUUCUUUGGAGCUUCUGUGUAAAUACCACAGUAUUACUGGUAUUGUUGACAUUUAGGAAUAGACAUUGAGUAGCCAAAUAUUUAUAUUCACAUUUUGUUCUGAUGGCAAAAAUCCUUACUAUAAGUAUGUAAUUUCCUAAUGCUAUACUGUAUUUUGCUAAAUGGGUCUUAAUGAGAGAUAGUUUAGACCACAAAAUGCUUUAGUUGUUGUAUACUGCGCUUAACUAUUCAUAUGUUAAGAUAUUACCAGCAUUAAGAUACUUGUCUGCAAAUUGGGUCUCCUAUUAAUCCCUUUGUGUUCUGGUUCACUGCUAAUACGAGAGUAAGUGCAACCAGAUUUGUGAUUCGUUAGUAGUGCCAGGUAUUCAUUUUGGUAGUGAGCAUGAUGACAUGUAAAAUAGGACCAGGGGAAGUAGCUGCAAAUUAAAUCUUGUGCAGACAUUUGUAAUUUUCUACUUUAUUAUGACAUUUUCUGGGACUUCUUCCAAGCUUCUUCUUUGCUAUUAAUUUGGGUAGAAAAUCCAAUAGCUUUCACAGCUGCUACUGAAAGCCACUAAUUGUUCAAAUGGCUCAUGUUAGCCUUCAUAGUUUGCAUUUUGAGAGGUCAUGUGUGAUGGUUUGCUUUCACCCACCAACAGUAUUAAAGACAAAUACUCCAACAGAAUUUAAUUGGAUUUAAAUAAAGUUGAUUCAGUUCCUUUUCUGGAUAUAUUGAAAUGAGACACCAAUGGCUUUGUGGAGAGAGAGUUUUGAGUCCAACAUGGCUUUUCUUCAGAAUUGAAAGGGGCUGCAAAAUCAUGUAUUUUUAUGCUGUUGACAAAAGGGAAGAAAGAAUGAGUGGAGCAGAUGAUGAGAAUGUCAGAGUAAAAGACAAGAGCUGGUAAAAGACAAUUAAGAGAUGUGACAUGGACAUAAAUGAUAAGUGUGGAAAAGAUAAAGAGAAUGUCUGCUGACACCAUCAAAACAGUCAGUAUGCAUGUGCAAAACUUGCAUGUGCAGUACCCCUGCCACUACUGCUAGUGACAUCAUUCCAUCCUAUUAGUUCAUAUUUAUUAUGCUUAUUUGGAUGCUGGCAUGUUUUUAACUGAAUAUGCUUCACAAAGUGUGCAUUUGCAAUGUGAACCUUUUUGAAGGCGUCAGAAGACACAGCCAAGGAGAAAAUGGGACUGUUCUGCUGAGAGCAAAGCUACAAAGACAAGACAUGGACUUACCGGGGGCAAUGACUGGUAGUAUUGGCAGAGGUUCUAAUCAGAAUAGAGGAUGGAGAUUAUCCUCUCAAGUUGUUGAACUCAAUAUUGAGUCUGAGGUUGUAAAGUGUCUUCGCAGAAACUGAGGUGCUGUUCUUCCAGCUUGCGUUGAGCUUUGUUGGAACACUGUAGCAGAACAAUGAUGGAAAUGUUAGAAUGAAUCAAGGUAGUUUAUUGAAAUGGUAAGCAGCUGGAGGUCAGGCUUGUUCUUUCUGAUUUCCUAACCCCAUGGGAAUGAAACUCACAUUCAGUACAAAACCUAAAGUCCAUCUUACUGGAAAGGCCAUUCUUCUUAAAUGAACGCAGACUGUAAGCAUUAGCUGGCUAUUUGACUAUGGAGUUGUAAAUUAUCAUUCAAAUGCAUGGACAGUCCAAAGGUUAUGAAGCCAUGUGUAUUUAUUACAUUGGCCAGGUCAUUAUAAACAUGAAAAGAAAUUAAGGUUGACAACUGAGUAAUUACAUGGAAUGAAGCCUAUGGUUUACAUUGGUCUGAAGAGUUCUUUGCCUGUCCAUUUCCCCUCCCUAUGAGGCCUCCUUCUCCCAAAACCAUCCUUUUCUCCCAAUGGGGGUCUGUUCACUUGAUCCAGCUGCCUCCUUCACCACCACCAUCUGCUGCCAGAACAACUGCUUGAGCUCCCCUGCACAGCACCCUUCUUCACUAUCAUCACCUGCUGCUUUGCCAAGCCUGAUCACACCCAGUCUGCUGUUGUACUUUGCAGCAGGAGUGACUUGUUUCUGAUCACAAAUCAGAUUUUUUUCUCCCCUUUCUGAGCAUUGAGCGCCAUGUUUGUUCCCAUUAAGAGGGGAAAAAACCCUCCAUAAUGUGACAUUUUCUGGUGUAUAUGAUCUAACGGUAUCUUAUUUGAACCACUGUGAAAUGUUGGCCUUUUAAUGAUUGUCAAAUGAAUUUUAUUUGUGAGUAUUCAGUUGCCAUCCGUAGAAACCAUUGCAAAAUGCGCAAUUUUAUUUUCUUGGUGCCUUGUCAAUGAAUGGAGUCUAUUUCAUUUAUUUAUUCUGUACGUACAAUAAGAUUAUUAAUAAUACUCAAGUUUGCACUGUGGAGGCUUCAGCUAGGUUUCCACAUUAGAAAUCUUGGAUGCUCAUGCAUUGUAUCAUAGUAGUUUAUUGUAAUUCACUCCCUGUUGUAUUUUCCGCAAAUGUGCUGUAAUGUAGGAGAACAUCAAUUUAUUUGUAGUCCAUUUUAGUUAGACAGGAAAUUACAUCUAGAAUAAUGGAUAUCUGUGAGUGAGUUAGAAGACUAUAACACAAUCAAGACAUGCGAUAAACAUCUCUGAACAGUAUCUGAAUACUUAACUUUGGAUUACUGUUUUGUAAUUCAGUCCCUGGUGUCUGUACUUAUGCAUAAAAUACAUACUGAGGAUGGAGUUCAAGCUUUAAAUGUUUCAUUAUGCUGGGUCUCUGUAAUCAGUUUCUUUCACAUUCUGUAAGCUUGGAUUCCAUAAUACCAGUGUGCUAGUCUUCCAGGAGGCUAGUUGAUUUAACUAUGUAAAUGCUGCGCAGUGCAUGGAUGCUGGGGUGUGAAUUAAAAUAGAUAUAUUUGUAUUUUUGGACAAUAACCUUUUAUAGCUAUGAUAUGGAUUUUGUAUGAAGGCAAAAAAUCUAGUAAAUUACAAGACAAUAUGAAGCACAUUAACCAAGAAAUUGGGCCUGUUUCUCAGGUACUGCAUAGCUUUUUAAGUCCUUGAGGUAGAGAGCAAACAUUUCUUCUGACUUGAAAUGCAACAUCACUUGUCAUACUCUACAGUGACUGAUCAAUAAAAGUAUAAUACUA